AUGCCUGCUCCCAACGCUGCCGCCAACGGCGUGAACGGCACCAGCAGCGGUGGCCUCUCUGCCAACGAUAACAUCACCCGCUUUGCCGCCCCCAGCCGCCCGCUGAGCCCCCUCCCUUCACACGCCCUCUUCAACCAGAAGACGAGAUGCUUCGUCUACGGCAUGCAGCACCGCGCUGUCCAGGGAAUGCUGGAUUUCGACUUCAUCUGCAAGCGUAGCACCCCCUCCGUCGCUGGUAUCAUCUACACCUUUGGUGGCCAGUUCGUCAGCAAGUUCUACUGGGGUACCAGUGAGACUCUGCUUCCUGUCUACCAGGAGGUCAACAAGGCCAUGGCGAAGCAUCCCGAUGUCGAUGUUGUGGUCAACUUCGCCUCCUCCCGAAGUGUCUACAGUUCUACCCUGGAGCUCAUGGAGUUCCCUCAGGUCAAGACUAUUGCUAUCAUCGCCGAGGGUGUUCCUGAGAGGCGCGCCCGUGAGCUGGCUUACAUCGCCAAGAAGAAGGGCAUCACCAUCAUUGGCCCCGCUACCGUUGGUGGCAUCAAGCCUGGCUGCUUCAAGAUUGGUAACACUGGUGGUAUGAUGGACAACAUCGUUGCCUCCAAGCUCUACCGCCGCGGCUCCGUCGGUUAUGUCUCCAAGUCUGGCGGCAUGUCCAACGAGUUGAACAACAUCGUCUCCCAGAACACCGACGGCGUCUACGAGGGUGUUGCCAUUGGUGGUGACAGAUACCCCGGAACUACCUUCAUUGACCAUCUGCUGAGGUACCAGGCCGAUCCUGACUGCAAGAUUCUUCUGCUUUUGGGUGAGGUUGGAGGCGUUGAGGAGUACAAGGUCAUCGAUGCCGUCAAGCAGGGUGUCAUCACCAAGCCCGUCGUCGCCUGGGCUAUCGGUACCUGCGCCAGCAUGUUCAAGACUGAAGUUCAGUUCGGCCACGCUGGUGCUUUCGCCAACUCGCAGCUCGAGACCGCCGCUAUGAAGAACAAGAUGAUGAAGGAGGCUGGCAUUUUCGUCCCCGAGACCUUCGAGGACCUGCCCCAGCUCCUGGCUGCUGUCUACCAAAAGCUGGUCAAGGCUGGCACCAUCAGGCCCCAGGCUGAGCCCCCUGUUCCCAAGAUCCCUCUUGACUAUUCGUGGGCACAGGAGCUGGGCCUCAUCCGCAAGCCUGCCGCCUUCAUCUCCACCAUCUCCGAUGACCGUGGCCAGGAGCUUCUGUAUGCGGGCAUGCCCAUCUCCGAUGUCUUCAGGGAGGACAUCGGUAUCGGUGGUGUCAUGUCCCUCCUUUGGUUCCGUCGCCGUCUUCCUGACUACGCCUCCAAGUUCUUGGAGAUGGUUCUUAUGCUCACGGCUGACCACGGUCCCGCUGUGUCCGGUGCCAUGAACACCAUCAUCACCACCCGCGCUGGCAAGGACCUCAUCAGCGCCCUGGUGUCGGGUCUGCUCACCAUUGGCUCGCGAUUCGGCGGUGCUCUGGAUGGCGCCGCUGAGGAGUUCACCAAGGCUUUUGACAAGGGCAUGAGCCCUCGUGAGUUUGUUGACACCAUGCGCAAGCAGAACAAGCUCAUCCCUGGUAUUGGCCACCGUGUCAAGUCCAGGAACAACCCUGAUCUGCGUGUUGAGCUGGUCAAGGAGUACGUCAAGGCCAAGUUCCCCAACCACAAGCUGCUUGACUAUGCGCUGGCUGUCGAGACCGUCACCACCUCCAAGAAGGACAACCUGAUCCUCAACGUCGAUGGCUGCGUUGCCGUCUGCUUCGUCGACCUGAUGCGCAACUGCGGUGCUUUCAGCGCCGAGGAGGCCGAGGACUACCUGAACAUGGGCGUCCUCAACGGUCUGUUCGUUCUGGGCCGCAGCAUUGGUCUGAUUGCGCACUACCUUGACCAGAAGCGCCUGCGUACUGGUCUCUACCGCCAUCCUUGGGAUGACAUCACCUACCUUCUGCCCCAGCUGCAGAAGGCUGGCCCGCCGGGUGCUGAGGGCCGUGUUGAGGUUCAGAUCUAG